CGCCGGCGUUGGCAGCGCCCCGGCCGCCGCUAACGCCUCCCCUGUGUGUUCUGCCCGCAGGCAGCUUCAUAGGUGCCGCCGAGAAUGGACAUCAGGCCGAACCACACCAUCUACAUCAACAACAUCAACGACAAGAUCAAGAAGGAAGAGCUGAAGAGGUCCCUGUAUGCGUUAUUCUCACAGUUUGGCCAUGUGGUCGACAUUGUGGCUUUAAAGACCAUGAAGAUGAGAGGACAGGCAUUUGUUAUAUUUAAAGAACUUGGAUCAUCUACCAAUGCUUUGAGGCAGCUACAAGGUUUUCCGUUUUAUGGGAAACCGAUGGUAAGUUACUUUGUUACCUUGUAAAGAAGA